AUGAAUUUCUUUGGCGUCUUUAUUACGCUCGCUAUCUGUGCGCUCUGUGGAUUAACCCAAGCGGAUAUAUCGCUCAAACUGCGCCAGCAGCAACAGCAGCAGCAGUUCCAGGAGAGCAACUAUGGCAACUCCGGCUACCAGAUCUUCGAGGUUCACAACCACUUUGCGGGCAAGGGUCCAGCCUAUCUGCCACCCCACAAGCAGAUCCAGCAACAGCAGGUGCAGGUCCAACAGCAGGUUCAGGUUCAGGCCCAGGCUGCAGCUCCAUCUCUGGUCCAUGGCCACGAUGACAGUUUGGCUGUGUCCUUCCUGAACUUUGCCGAUGCCCCAGCCCCUGCUCCGGCUACGUCUGCAUCCGCAUCGGCGUCUGCGUCAUCAGUUGCCGUGCCUUUCCCAUCCAACUACCAGCAUGAUUUCCAGCGCGAGGAGCCUGCUCCAGUUACAGCUUCUGUUUCUGCUCCAGCUGCAGUCUCUUCUUCGGCGGCCUUCAGUGGCCAGAGCUACUUGCCGCCCACAGUGCAGUCCCAGCCCCAAGUGGUUCCCCAGCAGCAGCAGCAACAGCAGCAAUACCUGGCACCCUCCGUCGCCCAAGAGGUUUCCCAGCCUGUUUCCAAUUACCAGGCUCCGGAUUACCUUCCGCCAACAGCCACGCCCAUCAGCUACCAACAGCAGCCUCAGCAGCAGCCACAACAGGUAUUUCAGGGACCAACUUACCUGCCACCAGUGAGCACGGCCAGCAGCAGCAGCGUUGCAGUUAGCAGCACUGCUUCCGUCCAGGCUCAAAGCGCGGCCGAUUUCCAAGCUCCGGGCUAUCUGCCACCUCAGCAGCAGCAGGUGCAGCAAGUGCAGCAAGUGCAGCAAGUGCAGCAAGUGCAGCAAGUGCAGCAAGUCCAGCAAGUGCAGCAAGUCCAGCAAGUGCAGCAAGUCCAGGUGCAACAGCAGCAGCAAAUUGCCGGGCAGUCUCAGGAAUACCAGGCUCCUGGCUAUCUGCCGCCUGGCUAUGACUACUCCAAUCCUGAUCGGCUGCCCUUGUCGCUGACCCAAUCCGUGGCCCUCCAGCAGAGUGUCGCCUCCGUGCAGAGUGUGGCUUCUGUGGAACAGGCCGCUGGCGAGUAUCGUGCCCCUGGCUACUUGCCACCUGGCUACGAUGAGCCACGUCCUCAGGUCCAGACACAGAUCCAGGCCCAGCCGCAGAUCACCUACCAGCAGCAGCAGCCACAACAACAGAUCCAAGUGCAACAGCAGCAGCAGCACCAUCAGCACCAGGUGCAGCAGCAGCAACACCAGCAGCAGGUGACAGCUGUCGCUUCCGCACAGGCUACCGUGAGUCAUCCAGGCGCCUUGCCCGAUGGCUACGACUUCAUCAAACCCGAUAAUGCCGAGGCGGCCAUUGCCGAGCUACACAGCCUCCAGACACAGACCAAGCUGCUCAAGCAGCAGCAAGAGCAACAGUUGCUGCUUCAACAACAGCAGCAGCAACAGCAACAGCAGCAGCAACAUCAACAGCAGCAACAUCAUCAGCAGCAGCAGCAGCAACAUCAUCAUCAGCAACAACAUGUCAUUGUGCAGUCCCAGUUGCAGGUGUCGCAGCAGCAACAGGGCGCCGAUAUCGUCUAUGGUCGUCCCAAGGCCCAGGCACAGCCAGUGGCUCCUCAGCACUUCACGGCCCCGGGUUAUCUGCCUCCAUCCACUGCUCCCGCUCUGGCUCCUGUUCCCGUUUCCGCACCUGCACCUCUUCCAGUUUCCAUUCCAGCUCCAGCUCCCUUGCCAGCACCAGCUCCGGCUUUGGCCCCUGUCUCCGUUUCCGUUUCGAGCUCUUACCAGCAUCAGCAUCAGCACCACCAUCAUCAUCAGCAGCAGAAGCAGCAAUAUAGAGCUUCCGGCUAUCUGCCACCAUCACCUGCUCCGGCUCCCGUUCAUGUGGCAGCUCCAGCUCCGGCACCCGUCCAUGUGGCAGCUCCAGCUCCAGCUCCCGUCCAUGUAACAGCUCCUGCUCCAGCUCCCGCACCUGUUCGCAUCGCAGCUCCCGCUCCCGCUCCUAUUGCCCUGCCCGCACCUGCACCCACACAGGUGACCCACAUCCACUCCCUGAGGAGCUACAUGAACACCGUCCAGCCCUUCGCCCGCUACGCACAGCCUGUGAGUGUCCGCCAGCAACACCAUCACCAUGUUCAUCACCAAGUGCAACAGCAGGUGCAGCAGCAGGUGCAGCACCAGCACCAGCAUCAUCACCACCAACAGCAGGUGGUCGAGGUGGCGCCCAUGUACCGUGAGCAGUCCAAGCGUCCCCGCUUCUAUGCCCCCGCCUUUGUGAGCAACGCUGUGCCCCGCCAGCCGCAACAGCAUUUGCAUCAUCACUACCAUCGCGUGGUGCAGAGCCAGAAGCUCCAGCCCAUUCCCGUCUCCAUUCCGGCACCGACGCCCACGCUGAGCUUCAAGGCACAGCAGUCGCUGCAGAAGUUCAUGCCCAAGGAUGUCCAGGUGGCGGUGAAUGUUGCUAUGGCGGCCACUGCUCCAGUGGCUGCUCCUCCUUCACUGCGUGGCAGUUCUCGGGUGCGAACCGUUCAGAUUGUGAAGCCCCAUGCAACGCGCACGUUCAAGGUGCUGGAGACCCUCGACCACGCCGGUGUCAAGACCAUCAAGAUCCUGGGUGCCAGCAAUGAACAGCCCCAGGGGCGUCAUCAUGUGGUCAAGGUGGUCACCCAGAAUGCCCACAGCGGUGUGGAGAGUCAUGUCCAAACGGUGAAGAUCUUCGAUGACCAGGCACCACUCAGACUCCAGGCUCAGCCCCAGCAGAUUGGUGGAGGAGGAGCCUACCUGCCGCCGGCACGUCCCAGGACCAGGAUCGUCCGACAGGCCAGCAAGCCACUGCGUCUGUAUCCCGUGGCCAGCCUGUGA